CGUGCGCGCGCGCGACUCGCGUUAAAAUUAAAUCUAGCGGGGCCGUUAGACAGAGGCGGCGACGAAGAGGACGUCGACGUAGCGCGUCUCGUCCUCUGGCCUCAGUCUCAAGAGCGUUCGCCGCGCGUGCGGGUGUAGCUUCUUUCGUUCUGUCGCUCUCUCGCGUCUCCCGGAAAAAGCUCGUGCUUUUUUUUGAAAUUUUAAUUUUCUGGGUUUUCGUGUACCACAGUCGCGCGUGAAUAUUAUACUAUUGGAAGCUUCUAAAAGGAAAGCAGUUCGUUGGAAGCGCAACAGGCAGUGGAAAGCUUCGAGUGUCAAGUUCGGCUCGAGCGGAAUUCAAGCAACGCACGCGGAUGCAGCACGUGAGGCAGGAAUCACCGGAUAAUGCCGCCUGGUACCGAAUUAUGAACCAAAGAAUGGACGAGGAGGACUACGGGGAGGGCUUCAUUGCGGAGUCGCAUCCGCUGAGGCCUACCCACCUCAAUAUCCCGAAUCGUGACUCAAGAGCCCCUAGUAUCAGCAGCAGUGUCACCGACAUGGAUGUGCCCAUCUAUACCAGGGACACCACCAUACCACUUUCUGCCAAAAAACGAAAAAUGGAUUCUGAAAAGUCGAGGGACGGAAAUCAGGAGCAGCCUUCGACGCCCACAGCUCUCGCUCCUUCUGACAAGCGGAUACACGCAGACAAGGAUGCAGGAUUCAAUCCUCAUUUGGCGUUCGCUAUUGGUGCCGCGGCACUGGGCUCUUCCUUCCAGCAUGGUUUCAACACAGGAGUGGUCAGCACACCGGAGACGGUGAUCGGCGAGUGGAUCAGCGCGGUAAAAGGCAACCGCAGCGGCGAAGUUAUCGACCCGGAAGUUAUGAAAGGGGAGGUGACCAUAACAUGGGCGAUAACCGUGGCCAUCUUCUGCGUCGGUGGUAUGAUAGGUGGUGCUCUAGUCGGCUGGGCAGCCGAUCGCUUCGGUCGCAAGGGCAGCUUGCUGCUGAACAACAUCUUCGUCGUGGCAGCCGUGUUCUUCGAGGCUCUGGCCAAACCCAUGAACUCGUUCGAACUGAUCAUCCUAGGUCGUUUCAUCAUCGGUAUAAACGCCGGUCUGAACGCCGGUCUCGCGCCCAUGUACCUGGCUGAGAUCUCGCCGAUGCACCUGAGAGGUGCGGUCGGUACGGUCUACCAACUGGUCAUCACCAUCUCCAUCCUGGUGGCCCAGAUCCUCGGCAAGUUCAUGAGUACACCCGAGCUCUGGCCCUGGCUGUUCUGUCUCACCAUCAUUCCGGCCAUCAUUCAGGUCAUCACUCUGCCCUUCUGCCCCGAGAGUCCCAAGUUCCUGCUGCUCAGCAGAGGAAAGGACAUGGAUGCCCAGAGAUCUCUGACCUGGCUUCGCGGCACGAUCGAGGUUCACGACGAGAUGGAGGAGAUGCGCGCCGAGUACGAGUCCAUCAAGCUGGUGCCACAGGUCACGCUCACCGAGCUCAUCAUGAACUCGUCGCUGCGCAUCCCGCUCUUCAUCUCCGUCAUGAUCAUGUUGGCACAGCAGCUGUCCGGUAUCAAUGCGAUCAUGUUCUACUCCACCAAGAUCUUCAAGAUGGCCCAACUGAGCGAGAGCCAGGCCGGUAACGCCACCAUCGGCGUCGGCGUCGUCAACGUCUUAAUGACCUUCGUCUCGAUGAUCCUCGUCGAGAAGGCUGGACGUAAGACUCUGCUGCUCAUCGGAUUCUUCGGUAUGGUCAUCGACACCGGUCUGCUGGGAGUCUGCUUGCUGUUCACGGGCGACGAUGAAGGAAAGGGUGGACACCCAGCCGCCUCGAUAAUGGCCGUCCUGCUGGUCUUCGUGUUUAUCGUGCUAUUCGCCACUGGUCCCGGUAGCAUCCCAUGGUUCCUCGUGUCCGAGCUGUUCAACCAGUCGGCCCGACCGACCGCCACCUCGGUCGCCAUCGCCAUCAACUGGAGCGCCAACUUCCUCGUGGGCAUCAUGUUCCCACCUCUGGUCGGGGUGAUAAAAUCGAACGUCUUCUUCAUCUUCGCUGGCCUGCAGGCCUUCUUCACCCUGUUCAUCUUCUACAAGGUGCCCGAGACCAGGAACAAGUCCAUCGAGGAGAUCAGCAGUAUGUUCAGGCAGCAGUCCUACCAGUGAAGAGCCAACCGAUGAACACGCUCAGUUCGACACCCGUACUAACAAGGACAGGUGUAUAUCGCAAACGAACCGAUGGAGAAGGAACUAUCAGCUCCACUCUUCGAAUCAUUCUUCUUCUCUCUUUCGAUCGUCCGCCGGCGGAAAGCUAAAGACAAACGAUCGCGAUGAUACGAAUACGAUUACACUACAUCUUAGUUCCUAUAUAUAAGAAAGUGAGAGAGAGUGAGAGAGAGAGAGAGAGAGAGAGAGAGAGAGGCCGGUUCGACGUCCGAUGGCUAAAGACACGAGAUGAGAACGCGAAGAUGUGAAUGUCUGGAUGAUGUACGAGGAAGGCAGAGACUAUAGUGUAUACGUGUUGUGCAGACACACAUAGGUAUAUUAUAAUUUACGAGCGUAAGGAUCAAGCUGAACGUUCGGUCGAAAUACGAGUUGCUCGGAAAAUUUUGACUCUAGUCAUGAGAGAGGGAUACACGUAUAUCCUCGACGAAUGUUUAAGAUGGAGAGAAUGUGCAUGUGAGCAGGAGAACACUGUGAAGAAAAAAAGCGCCUCGUUCGUUUCUCCUUCCCUUUAAAUUAUUGUUUUACCGUUAUAACUUUUUUUCUUUUUUACCGCGACGGCCGCAGACGAGACGAGAUGUAUGUUCUAUAUAUUUUGGAUUCUCACGCUGUAUACAAGAUAUUGUCUAUAUAUUUAAUAUAUGUGUAUAAUGUACCGAUACGGUAUUCCUUCGGACGAGUCGAGUCGUCGCGCGACGGCCGAUCCUGAGGCGCCAGAUUUCAAUGUACAUUCUGUGUAUUGCAUGUAAAUGAGAGCAGGGCCGGAGAUAUACAAAUAUAACCGUCACACACAACGUACUGAAUCGGACAUCAAACGUCGCGAAAGAAAGAGCGCGUAUAUAUUAUUAUUAUUAAACUCUCCGAAGACUGGCAGAUGUGUCGAUGAAAAGAGGCCGACGCGUAGUGGUUGCCCGCAGGCAAAUUUUGAAAAUUCUUUAUGUUUUUUUCUUUUGUUUUUGGACGACGACCUGUUAAGCGUCGCACGUAUUGUUGUAUUCCGUGAAACCGAGUCGCCGUUUUUAUUUUUUAUUUCGAACGCUUUUGUAGCCGAAAAACUUUUUAAAGUCGCUGCUGUCACGAAUUUUACUUUUUGAACUAUGUAUGUCGCGGAGAGACGUACCGACGCCUUUGAGGAAUGUAGUUUUUUUUACACGAACGCUGUUUUCAUUGUUGUUGAUCAACGAGAAAGAGAUGAAAAAAAAUUCAUUGCAUCGAGCCAUUAUAUUCAGAUUCAUUAGUCUCAUUCGUUGUUAAAAUCUGAGUUUUCUUUUCUUUUCGCAAAAAAAAGCCGAAUAUCAAAGUUGCGUCUCGCGACAGACAUUCGUCGGUCCCUCUUACCCCCGCGGUAAAAGGCGAGAGCAUAACAUAAAUAUAUACCGAUAUAAUAGCUGGAUAUUUUAUUAUACAUGUCAUGCAAGAAUAUAUCAGUGUCAUAAUUAUGAUUGUACAUAUUAAAAAAAAAAAUAGUUAACCCUAAUGUUGUAUAGUUAAACUAGGAAAAUAUUAAUUAUAUUUCUAUAUGUGUAGUUGAAUGUUUUAAAAGAAACAAAAAAAGACAGAAAUGCGAUGAUAGAGGACGGGAUAGUAUGCGAUUUACGUCGAACGGGUUAUUAAGCUUGCGAUAUUUAGGAAGACAGUACGAGCAAACUUUUCUUUUUACACUCUUAUGGAGCUAAAAGUGGCCUGUAUAUUGCGAUGUACACACAUACACUCACAGGAGGAUUGUAAAAAGAGGGAAAAAAUAACCAUGUGUAUAAAUGAUAUUAUCCCCCCGAAUAGAGACAGCUCUAGAGCCCGCAUAUAUAACUAAUAUAUUUUUCCGCAUAUAUGUAGUACGAUCAAAGAAAAUAAUACUCACACUCUUCUUUAGUAUUAAAACGCGUAGAGCGAAAUUCAUUUGAAAGGAAUUGCAUCGUAAUGUCCAAGGCGUCGCAGGUUGGCCCGUCCAGAGAGCCCUAGGAAUGGGAAAAAAAAUUAUCCAAAAAAAUGGUGCCACACACUACGUUUCAUUGUUAUUCGCACGUCAAAUCGUAAGGACUUUACGGCAGUAUUAUUCGUAGAAUUCACACGCUUCCUAUUAUUGAUGGUUUUGUCCGAAAAAAUUCAAGUGCGCGUGUAUACCCAGUUUAUUGUUUGAAUAGCGCUUGACUAAGUCUACGAUAAUCAAAGCGGGUUAUAUUGAGAAAAACUUGAAUUUUUUUCGAUAAAUGAGGUAUAAAUUGAAGACUUGUAAUAUACGUACACGACAGUCUCGAGCGAGACGCUUGCAGGUUCACUACGUUUUGCUUGUGUGAAGAGAAAAAAAUCUUUUCGUUUUUAUAAUCAUUACUCUAUGUGAAAAAAAAUCUAUGUUUAUAUCAUCUGUUUUUUAUCAGCGUUGAAAAACUUUUUAUCCGUGUGAACGAAAUUGUUUUAUCGUUACAAUGCGUAUACACAAAAGCAGUGUCUGUGUACUACUCUUUGUCCUUUUUCUGCUUUCUUUCUAUUCGACAUUGUGAAUAUUCUAUCGGAUUAUUAUAUCAAUUACGUGUAAGAUUGUAUCGCCAACAUUAUGUUAGUUUAGCAUUUAGUUUGUAGUAGCACAUAUUCUUUUAUAUUUGAGACCAGUAAGCCGUAUGCGAUUUUUAAUGCGAUUUAUUGUGUACACGCGUAAUGCAUAUCCGAGAGAAAAGAAAAUAUAUAUGAAUCAGGUAAUAAUAUAGUUAAUUAUCAUAAUUAGUAGUAUAUACUUUUACGAAAUAGGCAUCUCAUCGAAUCAUCCGACGUUCCAUAUGUAUUAAUAUUAAUUGCACAAUGUCAGAUAAUACGUCAUUAAUUUAAUUAUUUUAGAGUUUGAUAUUGUUAUAAAUAUAUUAUUUAGCGCGCGUAUGUGCAUGUUUCAUUGUCAUCGUUGUUAUAAGCGCGAGCAUCUGCUGAACAUGCUACGAUCCUACAUAAUUUUUGAUGCUGACAUAUAUUGUUAUUUCAAAUAAAUGAAUUCAGUAAAA